UACAGCUGACUAGGUACUGUUGGAUCAUUUUAACGUUCCUACGUGUGUGGUUGAGUUGUUGCACUUGUUAGAAGUUUUCUUUUCAUUGACAAAAUGCCUAAGGUUGUUGUGAAAUAUUUCGAUAUUAAGGCCCUCGGAGAGUCAAUCAGGCUUCUCCUCGCGUAUGGAAACCAGGAGUUCGAAGACCAAAGAAUAUCCUUCGAUGAGUGGCCAAAACACAAACCAUCAACUCCUUUCGGGCAAAUGCCAGUUCUGGAGAUAGACGGCAAGCAGUACGCACAGAGCUUCGCGAUUGGCCGCUACCUCGGCCGCAAGUACGGGCUCGUCGGCGACGACGCAGAACAGGACUUCGAGAUCGACCAAAAUGUCGACUUCGUGAACGACAUCAGAGCCAAGGCAGCGGUUGUUCAGUAUGAGCCGGACGCGGACAUAAAGGCGAAGAAACACGAGGAAAACGUGAAGAAUGUGUAUCCAACACUUCUGAAAAAACUCGACGAAAUUAUCAAGAAGAACAACGGACAUAUCGCCGCUGGCAAGCUAACCUGGGCUGACUUCGUCUUCGCGGGCAUGUUCGACUACCUGAAGCUGAUGCUGCAAAUGCCAGACCUGGAGAAGCAGUACCCGAGCUUCCAGCAGGUCGUGGACGCGGUGUACACCAUACCGCAGGUGAAGGCCUUCAGCGACAAGGCGCCCAAGUGCAACGCAUAGAUUCUACAAGAUUUUAUAUAUAAAUAAUAGACUAUAUAUGGCACAACUUUUAUAUAAACCAUAGACUAAAGUCGACAGUUGAUGUUUUACCAUGUACUAUGAUAUUAUUGUGAAUUAAAUGUUUUGUAACGUCACGUAUCGUAACGUCACGUCGCGUAACGUCACGUAGCGUCACGUCACGUCGCGUAACAGCACGUAGCGUCACGUUGCGUAGCGUCAUGUCACGUCGCUUAGCGUAAGAUCACAUAGCGUCACGUCAGGAAACGUCAGCACGUAGCGUAACAUCACAUAGCAUCACAUUGAAUUUUUUAACAAUAAUUAUUGUAAAACAGCAAGGUUUCAUAGUAUGUGUUCUGUACAGCCAUCCUAGAAAAAACAUCUACAAGAUACUCGCAUCAUUGGUUAGUCUUAAGAUUGGCCGACAUUAAAAGAAUGAAGAAAUACUUAUAAGCCCUAAUACUCAGUAUCAAUAACAA